AUGACUGCGGCAUCUCAACCGCAAGGAAGAAAACGACCGGCUCCCCGAGGAACGGCGGCUUACGCACGCAAACGAGCUGUCACCGCAUGCCAAGUCUGCCGUGCCAGACGGACCAAGUGCGACAAUAAGAAACCAGCCUGUUCUUUCUGCGAGAAGACAGGAGCAAAAUGUGUGACUGAGCCCUCAGACUACUCGGCCUUUGACCCGGCAAGCCUAAAGAUUCUGGAGAGGCUGGAUCGGAUUGAGAGUUUAUUGGAAUCACAAUCACGAGACAAACCGGUCCUUGGCUGGCCGGUUUUCGGCAACCAAUUUGGCCUGCAAGCCAAUGCCAUUGCAGUUCUUCGGCGAAAGCCUCCGAAGCCAAUACAACCGUCUUCCUCUGCGCUCGAGUCCUUUCUGGGCAAUACCGGCGCCAGCAACAGGCUGAUUACAAACUUCAUUCAACACGUCCAUAUCAAGAAUCCUAUCCUAGAGCUAGCCAGUCUCAGGCGCAUGGUUCAACAUGCCUGCCUCGAGGGCGUUGGAUGGGAUGCUGAAUCUUGCUUGGUGCUCCUUGUCUGGGCCUUGGGUGCUAUUUCAAUGCCUUUUCAGCAGCCUGAACAGCCUUGCGACCAGGAAAGCCUCGAGCUGGGUGCAGCACUCUUUGGUGCCGCUACCAAGAGGCUUGGAAUAGUCUUCGCAGAGAGCGGCAUAAUAUCUGCGCAAUGUUUCUUUUACGCUGGCGUUUAUCUCAUGUCAAUGUUUCAACCAGUUUCAGCAUGGAGACAUUUCCUACAGGCCUUGGCAUACUGUCAAGAAUUCGACUUCGCCAUAGAAGCAUCACAAAAUCCGCAAACGUUGACAAGCCCUCCUGAAACAUCUCCAACGGAGCAGCGCCUGUACUGGUCUUGCUGGAAAUCUGAGGUAGAACUACGCAUGUGUCUCGGGCUUUUUGACUUCCAGACGCAGGAUCGCGUAUAUCCUGGCCAUUUCCCCAAUCCGCCAGCAAAUCCCGAGAAAGACGACAGAGCAUGGUUUUUCUACCUUGCCGAAAUAUCUCUCCGACGACUGAAUACUCGCGCGCGUAACGAUAUUGGGCGGAUUUUAUCAUCGUUAGAGGUUGACGGCAAUACCGAGGCGCGUUUAAUUGAAGUAGUCGACUCGUAUGAUCAACAGGCUGAAGCAUGGCUUACCUCAUUACCAGAGACCAUCAGCAUCGAUUCAGAUCCCCAUGAGGAUGAUAUACUCAAGUUCAUUCUUCGCUGCCAUCUUGUAGAUUUUAAUGAGCUCAUUUUCUGGACAUUCGUCGACAGUGCAGUUAACAGUAAGGAAAGUCUAACAGAAGACAUGAGUCGUUAUGCUCGUCGAGGUUUGGCAACCUGCGCAAAGCGUAUGAGAACUGCAGGACUAGGUUGUUCGUAUCGGCAUCACGGAACUUGGCUGCUAUUGCAAUCUUGUGCUCGAAGUGCAAUGGUCUUGCUAUCUGCUGCCUUUUCAGAACACGCACAGAGCCUCUUACCAGAGAAUUGGGUUCAUUCAGUUGAAGCUUGUAUAAGUAUGCUGAAGCAAUGGAAAGAUGAAGAUGCUGGAAUUUCAGACCAUGUCGUGGUUUUGAGACAGCUUCUGGACAAGUUUAAUAGCUAA